UAUAAUGCAACUAAUUUUUAAAAAGUUGCGCAUGUGUAUUUUGUGGCUUUAGUCAUCUGUAUCUGUUUAUAUAUGAUGGGGAAUCGAAAUACUACCAUGGACAGAGAAUACUUGUAACGAGUAAAAAUGCAGUCAACGGUGGCCUCUUUCAAUAACGCAAAACAAAACCCUUAUGGGAAAUAUUAACGACUUGGGUCAAUACAAGUGGGUAUUCAUAAGAGAGAACGUAGAACCGGAGGCAUGGUUCGUGUGGGGCGACGUGGAUGUUGACUGGCGUUGCCCUUCACGCCCACGGGCAUUGCGUCACCUCCAGUCCUCGUUCAGGUCCGCAAUCUUCCAAUAAUACGAGCUGCCGGUGAACAGCGGCUCAGAUUUGACUGUUAAACUAAUAAUCUGAAGACAUGUCUGGGAGAGGUAAGGGUGGUAAAGGCUUGGGGAAAGGAGGCGCCAAGCGUCAUCGCAAGGUUCUGCGUGAUAAUAUCCAAGGUAUCACCAAGCCCGCUAUUCGUCGUUUGGCUCGCCGCGGCGGAGUCAAGCGGAUCUCCGGCCUCAUCUAUGAAGAGACUCGUGGGGUUCUCAAAGUCUUCUUGGAGAAUGUCAUCCGCGAUGCCGUCACCUACACUGAGCACGCGAAGAGGAAGACUGUGACUGCCAUGGAUGUGGUCUACGCUCUCAAGAGGCAAGGACGUACGCUGUAUGGUUUUGGUGGUUAAAACCUUCACAAACAGAAGCAAAGGCCCUUUUAAGGGCCACGCACUCCUCUCGAGAGUUACCGUUCUUAACUAUUUAUUGGAUCUGUAUUUCCGAAAAACGAGACCUUUGCAAAUAAAUAGUCGUGCGACGACUCGAGACAAUUUGCUUGUAUGGUACAUGAGCCACUAAGGUAAUUCAUUACCACGUCCUUCUCCCGGUCCAUUUAUUCUGAUUUACAUCUAUUCUGAUUUACAUCGGGAAAAAGUUGGACUACACACCAAACGGUUUUCUAGUCAUGUACAGGACAUAUCGACGCCAUCAUAGUUUUCAAAGAUAAAUGGGGUAAAAGUGGUUUCAGUAUUAACUUCCAAACAAGACGUUUAAAUACGGUACUUAUAAUUUCAUUAAUUUAAGUAGUUUUAAAGAUUCAAGAUCUCUAUUUUAGUAAUUAUAACAUUUAAGACCAUGUUUGCUGAAACGACGUGUGACGUUUUUAAUGUUGCUGUAAAAACCUUGUAAAGUACGAAAGCAGAUAAAUUCAUAGUAGGCCUACGCUGUGUAAUUGUAUUCUGACUCGUGUAUACUUCGUACUUGUGACGAGUAGAUUUUUUUUGUGCAAGUGUAACGGAAGAGUUGGUUUUAUAUAUAUAUAAUUUCACCAAAAUCCCUCGCUAUAUUUUGGAUUAUCUCUCUAUUAUAAUUUAGUUUCCAAUCUGACAUUUAUUUUGGCAUUAUACUUUGUAUUUUCUUUAUGUGGAAAGUCAUCGCUUUUAUUUUGAAAAUCGGUGGAAAUGAUCCAGUCAAUAAUAAAUCAGAUCCGUCUCUAGCCAGUCGGCCAUGAAUCAUAAUGAAUCGCCUUUU